AUGUUUGUGCCGCCUCCGCCGAAAGUGGUACCACCCAUGCCCGUGGUGGCACCCUAUGUCUCAGAUGCAGACCCGCGGAAGAAGCUUUGGAAACUGGGCAUGCAACAUCACUUGCGAGCCUUGGAAGGUGUCACGAAGGUGACCGACCAGUCAGAUCCGGGCGUCGCAGACGUGGGCGUGCGCAAAGCGCGAGAGAAAGCCCGAGACUUCAUCAAGCAUGAGACGAGGAGGGACAUUGAAGCAGAGAACCGCCAUUUAGUUCAUCGAUUGAAGGAGAUCGUGGAGAAGCCCAGUGUGAUCUCGAAGAUGUCAGAUGGGGCGACCCGUCACUCCGGAACCCGCCGUGACAUGCUACAGCGCGACCGGCUGAUCCGCCAGAAGCACAUUGAGGUCGAGAACCAGUCGCUGGUGCGACGCCUUCUCUCUGUGAAGAGCAGCCUGGAUAUGCAAGGCUUUGCGAAAGACUACCGCAGGCACCGCCAGGACGUCGGCCGACUGCAGCAGCUGCCGGAGAAGAAUCCAAAUCCCCGACCGAGAAAGCUGCCCAAGCUGCCGGAGAAGGUGGUGCCGGACCUGCCCAAGGCAGAGUACACGCCAAAGAGCUCCUGCACCGGCUACAGGCCAUCUCGGCAAGCACUGCCUCUGCCUUCGCGCAUAUCCGAAAGCCGAUCAAUGCCGAGCCUUUCUGCGGACGCCUCUGUGGGCGGAGCUGGUCCGAAAAAGGCGAAGGAGCCGUUGCCCCCUCGCGUGGUGCAGCGCAGCGAGCCUCAGGCGACUAUCGAGGCUGAGCCUGCCCGGGUGGCGGCCGAACCUGCGCAAAAGUCCCUUGAUAAAGACCUCCAGGCCGAGGAGAUCGAGGAUGUUGCGGCUGUCAUCGGAAGGGCGCUGAAGGCUCAGGCAGAAUCACUCGCCGCGAAGCCUGGGCAGGUCGGCAUGCAUGGUAGUGGCUUACGUUCAGCUCGAGACCAACAAGAGGAGGAUGGAUGCGUGGGUUCCGGCGAGACCCAGCCUGAUUCUGCAGUAGCUGCGGACAACAUUGUAAACAGAGUGACAGCGGAUGCCCUGGCCAUGCUUGACAUUGACUUCUGCGACGCCACAUCCUUCAUGUCUGACACCAUGCGCAGCUGGAGCACCAUUCAUGUCUCAAGCGACGUCGAGGCGUUCUUCAACUAG